UUGCUUGCAGCAUUUUUACCAGGUAUGGCAUGUUCAGGUAGAAAUAAUAAACUUUAGUUCUUCGUGUGCUUGCGUUACAAUAUCUUAGAGAUACGGAUUUAAGAGAGUAUUAUAAACAAAAAAACAAACGAGAACGUCUGUGGAAAAGCGCGUUUUUUUUUGUUACUAUUACUUGUUGGUUGUUAUUGCAAAGAAAAUGAAGUGAAUUUAUGCAAAUUGCAAAAAAUGCAUUUAAAAUAAAGAAAAAAUAUCUAAAUAAGAAAAAUCUCAAGCCAAUUGGAUAAAAUAUUUGUAGUAAUAAAAAAAAAAAAUACAAAGUUUACAACAAAUUUGCUAAAGAAAACAAGUGUUAGUUGUAAUACAAAAAAAGCCUUAAAAGAAAAAUCAUGUUAUGGCAAAAAUCAAUUGAAAUUCUUUUGUAAUUAAUUUAUGUUAAAUUUAAGCAAAAAUAACCUAAAGAAAUAUAAUUUAGAAAAGUUUUACAAAUAAAGCAUAAAUAACAAAAAAUAGAAAAAAUAUUAAAUUAACAAAAAAGUGUUGUUGGGAAAAUAUAUAUUUCUUGGGAAUUAUAGUCUAAAAAAAAAUUAAAUCCUUUAAAAAAUUAACAAGUUCCCUUAACAAAAAAAUUUGGAGUUAAGAAAAAUAAAAUACAAAACUCCAGAUCAACUAUAUAGUACAACAGCCAGCCAACCAAACAUCUACCAUACCACAACACCAACCAACAAACAUUUCUGCCUAAGAAAUGGAAAAAAAUUAAAAGGCGAAAAGAAAUAUUUUUCAACGAGUCAAACGGGUUCUUAACGCUCUUACACACAGAGUGAAAUAUAACAAAAAAUAAGAAAAAAUAUAUAAAAAAAUACAAAAAAAUAAAAUAAAAUACAACAACUUAAACUCUAGUUGCCAGCAAGUUUGGUGUUUAUAUAUAGUGUUUUUUUGUUUUUCAACUUUCUGGUUGGAAAUUGGAAAAGUAUAUACACCACAAAAAAAUUUGAUUUAGAGAAAUACAAAAAAAUAUUACAAUAAAUUUAUAGAAAAAAAGUUUUAUGCACAAAAAAAUCAUUUUAACAAAAUAUGUAAGAAAAGAUCUUAGCGAAAAUGUUAUGACAUGAUAUCUGCUAGAAUCAUUGACAACAGCAGCAGCAACAUGAAUUCCGAAAACGAACAUUUAAUAAAAAGGGUUUAAUAACUCUUAAACUAAAUAACAGAAACUAUAAAUUAAGUAGCUUCUCGCUCUCGAAAAUAGAGCAAAUGCUACUUAAAACCCCUCAAGACUAGAAAAAACAAUAAACCCUGAAAAACUAAACAUUAGUUUUUAUUAUUUUAAAACCAAUUAACCAUAAAACCAAUACACAAAAAUGGCAAAUAUUAAACUGCCAUUGAAAACGACUGAAAACAUAAUAAAUUUUAAGGCCAAAACAAAUACAAAUACAUUCAGCAAACUGAAAAAACAAACAGAAUAUACCAUGAAUCAUCGAUAUCGGAGAAGAAUUAUAAAAUUUGGUUAUACAUCACCCACCAACCACAGUCAUUGGUCCCGAUGGCCAUUAUUAGUAUUUCUGGGAAUUUUAUUACAAAAUAUAACACUAACGCGAACAGAACUGAUACGAGAACUAGAUGUUUCAGAAGGUGUACCGGUGGGUCAUCAAAUCGGCUAUAUAGGCGAACAAUUACCGGGUGUAGAUAGUGGACCGCCGUAUUUAAUUGUACCCGUACCGGGUAGUGGUGUUGAUACUGAUUUAGCUAUUGAUCAUACUACCGGAGAAAUAAGAACAAAAGUGCGUUUAGAUCGUGAGACCAGAGCCUCCUAUAGUUUGGUGGCCAUACCGUUGAGUGGUGAAAAUGUGCGUGUCUUAAUAAGGGUGCAUGAUGAAAACGAUAAUGCACCCACAUUUCCGACGGCGGUUAUGAAUAUUGAAUUUCCCGAAAAUACACCACGAGACGUUAAAAGGACGUUACAUCCGGCGCGUGAUCUUGAUCUCGGUCGUUUUAAUACUCAGCGUUAUAAUAUCGUGUCGGGUAAUACGAAUAAUGCGUUUCGUUUAUCAUCGCAUCGCGAACGUGAUGGUGUUUUAUAUUUGGACUUACAAAUCAAUGGUUUUUUGGAUCGUGAAACUACGCCCUUCUAUAGUCUGGUCAUAGAGGCCUUGGAUGGUGGCAGUCCACCUUUAAGGGGACAAAUGACUGUUAACAUAACCAUACAAGAUGUCAAUGAUAAUCAGCCCAUAUUCAAUCAAAGUCGUUAUUUUGCUACAGUAGCAGAAAAUGCCACCGUAGGCACCAUGGUCUUGCAGGUCUAUGCUACAGAUGCCGAUGCUGAAGAAAAUGGUCUAGUGGAGUAUUCUAUUAAUCGAAGGCAAAGUGAUAGAGAACAAAUGUUUCGUAUAGAUCCAAAAACUGGCUGGAUUUUUGUCAACAAGGCCUUGGAUUUUGAAACCAAGGAAUUGCAUGAAUUGGUGGUAGUGGCCAAAGAUCAUGGUGAGACUCCCUUGGAAACUACCGCUUUUGUUUCCAUAAAAGUCACCGAUGUUAAUGACAAUCAACCCACCAUUAAUGUUAUUUUCCUUAGUGAUGAUGCCACCCCCAAAAUAUCCGAAUCAGCUGAACCGGGUGAAUUUGUAGCCAGAAUAUCGGUUCAUGAUCCUGAUUCUAAAACAGAAUAUGCCAAUGUUAAUGUUACUCUUAAUGGGGGAGAUGGUCAUUUUGGUUUGACCACACGGGACAAUAUUAUCUAUUUGGUUAUAGUCAACAUGACUUUGGAUAGAGAGCUAACACCCAACUAUACACUCUCUGUGGUGGCUACCGAUAACGGCAAUCCUCCUCUGCAUGCCUCCAAGACCAUACACUUGCGUGUUACCGAUAUCAAUGAUAAUGCUCCCGAAUUUGAGCGUUCAGUUUAUCAGGCUAAUGUUAUGGAAAUUUCUGAUCCUGGUACCUCGGUUAUACAGGUCUAUGCUUAUGAUAGAGAUGAGGGAAAUAACUCAGCUGUUACCUAUAGUCUACUGGAUACUCCCGAUUCUCAUUCGCAGUGGUUUGUUAUAGAUGAAUAUACGGGUUUGAUUACUACUAAAACGCAUAUUGAUUGCGAGACGGAACCGGUACCACAGCUAACAGUGGUGGCUCAUGAUAAUGGUCAUCCACCUUUGUCGUCGACAGCUACGGUCUUGGUAACUAUACACGAUGUCAAUGAUAAUGAACCGAUUUUCGAGCAAAGUUAUUAUAAUAUAACUGUGGCAGAGAAUGAGGCGAAAGGAAGGUGUAUUUUAAAGGUGUCAGCCAAUGACCCAGAUUGUGGUGUUAAUGCCAUGGUUAAUUACACUAUGGGAUCAGUGGGUUCAAAGUAUUUUAGUGAAUUUAAUGUACGUUCGGCCACUGGAGAAAUUUGCAUUGCUGGCGAGUUGGAUUUUGAAAAGAAACAAGUUUAUGAAUUUCCCAUUAUAGCAACAGAUAGAGGUGGCCUUAGCACUACUUCCAUGGUCAAAAUACAACUAACCGAUAUCAAUGACAAUCGUCCCAUAUUCUUUCCUCAACACUAUAACAUUUCUUUACGUGAGACGGCCUCUACGACCGCUUCAAAUACCCCGAUUGUAACAGUAGCUGCCACCGAUCCCGAUUCUGGUCGUUUUGGUAUUAUCACUUAUCGCAUCGUUAGUGGUAAUGAUGCCAGUUUAUUUCGUAUUGAACGUUCAACUGGUGAAAUAUUUCUAAAUCGUCCAAAUAUGCUAUCGGCACGCACGCAAUCUCUGCAUGUUCUUAAUGUAUCGGCAAGUGAUGGUGGCGGUUUGAGAACUCAACAAGAUGCUUUAGUAUUUGCCAAUAUUAUAGAUGCCACGCAACGACCACCAAUAUUUGAGAAAUUACGUUAUAAUUUUUACGUCAAAGAGGAUGUAGUACGUGGCAGUGUGGUGGGUACGAUACAGGCCACAAGUUCGGAUGCAGCCAAUCGUAAUGCUGUUCACUAUGAAAUUUAUUCCGGAGAUCCUGAAGGUUACUUUUCCAUUGAUGAAAACUCGGGCAAUAUACGAGUUGCCAAUAGCCUGGAUCAUGAGAUGAAGGCACAGGUUUUUCUAAAUAUCAAGGCAACUAUGGGUCAUAAUAGUAUACAGGGUUAUACACAGGUCAUCAUCACCAUCGAAGAUGUUAAUGACAAUGCACCCGAAUUCGAAUCACCCAUAAUACGCAUAUCAGUACCGGAAAAUUUUGAACUAGGCAAACCAUUAUAUGCCGUUCAUGCUUUUGAUAAGGAUUCUGGUAAAAAUGCUGAAGUCUCAUACAUAUUGACAAUGUUAACAACAGACACAUUAAACAAUGUCACGAUGUCUGCAGGGGCAACUGCAUCAGCAUCAUCAUUGGCAGCCGGAGGAACAUCUUCUAUGAAACAGCAAAUAACAACAAAUCUAAACUCUUCACCCGCAAUGCAGUUGAAACAGAAACUUUUAAAUAAUCAAGCUGUAGCAGCAGCAGCAGCUACCACAACAGCAACAACAUCGUCAGCAACAUUAGCCACAAGCACAACAUCUGCAUAUGGUGGCAAAAAUAAUGUUGUUGUUGUUGGUGGAGGUGGUGGUGGUAGUAGUAGUGGAGGUGGCAGUGGUAGUGUUAUGGAUUCUAUGUUAAAAAAUCUUUUCGCUAUCGAUGCACGUUCAGGCCACCUAACAUUGUCACGACACUUAGAUUACGAAACUUCACAAAGACAUACGUUAAUUGUCACUGCCAUGGACGCUGGGCAGCCACGUUUAUCAAGCAAUUUAACUAUUGUCGUGGAAGUACAGGAUGUCAAUGAUAAUCCACCAGUAUUUGCAAGUAAUGAGUACCAUGUAAAAGUGUUGGAAUCAAUGCCAGUUAAUUCACAGAUUGUACAAGUGACAGCUGUAGAUUUGGAUACUGGCAACAAUGCUCGCAUCACUUAUCGUAUUAUCAACAACAACAACAGCAACCAGCAGGGAAAUCAAACCCUCAUAACCAGCAACAGCAAUAAAAAUACAAAAAAUAAUAAAAACCACAGAAACCAAAACACCAACACCUCCUCAUCAUCGGGAGAAAUUUCCCAAAUAUUUGGCAUAUAUCCUAAUAGUGGUUGGAUUUAUUUACGUUCGCCUUUAGAUCGUGAAACACGUGAUCGUUAUGAUUUAACCGUGGUGGCCAGUGAUAAUGGCAGUCCUCCAGCCCAGACCAGCACACGUGUUAAGGUACGCGUUUUGGAUGCCAACGAUAAUGAUCCACGUUUCUUACGUUCCUCCUAUGAAUUUUUCAUCGAGGAGAAUAUGAGUCGUGGUUCAUUGGUUGGUGUUAUUGGUGCUACUGAUUUGGAUUUGGAAGAAAAUGCGGCCAUCAGAUAUAGUUUAUUGCCGGCAAAUAGUUCGUUUCAAGUUAAUCCACUUACGGGUGAAAUAACAACACGCGAACCUUUGGAUCGUGAACAGCGUUCUGUUUAUGAUUUAGUAGCAGAGGCUCGCGAUCAAGGUACACCGUAUCGUAGUUCACGCGUCGCUGUCAAAGUCCAUGUAACCGAUGUCAAUGACAAUCAACCGAAGAUUGUUGAUCCGCAAGAGGAUGUGGUCAGCGUACGAGAGGAACAGCCACCAGGCACUGAAGUUGUGCGCAUACGUGCUGUCGAUCGUGAUAAUGGACAAAAUGCAUCGAUCACUUAUUCGAUAUUAAAAGGUCGUGAUUCGGAUGGCUUUGGUCUGUUUAGCAUAGACGCCAACACGGGUGUCAUACGUACGUUGGUCGUGCUGGAUCAUGAGGAACGCAGCAUUUAUCGUUUGGCUGUGGCAGCAACAGACGGUGGCAAUCCACCAAAACAAUCAAUACGUUUGCUGCGUGUUGAGGUGUAUUUGAAUGACAAUCGACCAACGUUUACCAGCUCAAGUUUAGUAUUUCGGGUACCCGAAAACAUUGCCAUUGGUCAUAUAGUGGGAUCAGUGGAUGCCUCCGAUCGCAGCAAACAAAAUAUGAUCUUUAACGAAGAUAAUCUUUACAUAACCUACACCUUAACACCCCUAUCCAAAGACCUUAUCGAGGGAGCCUUUGAUAUUGAUCGUCAUACAGGGUCUCUAGUAGUGGCACGCCAAUUGGAUCGUGAACUACAGGCAGAAUUUCGUUUGGAAAUAAGAGCCCUAGAUACCAGUGCCAGCAAUAAUCCACAAAGUAGUGCCAUAGCGGUUAAAAUCGAAAUAUUAGAUGUCAAUGAUAAUGCACCCAGUUGGCAGGAAGAUCCCAUAAAAAUACAAGUCAGUGAAUUGGCCAGUGAGGGUUCGGUUAUCUAUAAUUUCUCAGCCACUGAUGCGGAUACUGGUCUUAAUGGACAAAUACAAUAUAAAUUGCUGAAAUAUAGUCCCAAGAAUUGGAAUGUGGAUAAGUUGCCAAAGGAAGACAGAGAUCUAUUUAAUGUUGAUAUAUUAACUGGAGGUCUAACUGUUAUGGGGCCUUUGGAUUAUGAGACCAUUAAGGAAUAUAUAUUAAUAGUGCAAGCUUUUGAUUUGGCUGAAAAUAAAACCGAACGUUUAUAUACCUCAGUGACUGCGGUGGUUAAGGUGUUAGAUGAAAAUGAUAAUAAACCAGAAUUUGUAAUACCACCUCUUAAUCGUGAACCCAAAAACAAAUAUGGUUUGCAAAACAAAAAUGAUACUCCCACGGCCACGGUUUUUAUUUCCGAUAACAAAAGAGUAGGAGAUCUAUUAAUGCAUAUAGUGGCCAUAGAUCCAGAUACCGGCAAUAAUGGACGCAUUACUUAUACCCUGGUAAAUGGCAAUGAAUUAACUUAUUUUCGUUUAAAUAAGGAAACAGGGUUUCUCGAACUAGCCAAACCUUUGCCACCAGUAGUGCAUAAUACCGCCGAUGGAAUAGCCAAUCUGAAUACCAUACAACGUAAUAGAUUUGAUUUGCUUAUAAAGGCUCAAGAUCAGGGUGCUAAGGAAAAGUUAAGCUCUUUAAUGAAAUUGGAAAUUUUGGUUAGAGGUACUAAAAGUAAUCCACCACGUUUUCUAAAGUCUAGCUAUUAUGCCAAUAUAACGGAAAAUGCUUCAGCCGGCAGUUUUGUAGUGCAAGUGUCAGCCAAGUCUUUUAAUGGGGGUGAAAAUGCUAAUCUCACCUAUGAGAUACCAACAGGUGUCGCCGAUAAUCAUUUUCAUGUUGACACCCAACGUGGCAUUGUCACCACACGCGGUCAAUUUGAUCGUGAAACAAAAGCCUCAUAUACGGUGCCAAUUUAUGUAUAUGAUGCUAAACGUUCAACAUCUGCAGCAGCAGCAAGUAGUAGCAAUGGAAAUUCCUUGAUGGCACGUAGGCAAAGAUCAUCGGUAAAUGAAGCGGCUGCCGCACAAAAUGGUCAAUUUGAUGUUGCCAUUUUAUAUAUAACCAUAACUGACAUUAAUGAUCAUGCACCGGAAUUUAGACCGGGAUCAUGCUAUGCACUCUCAGUACCGGAAAAUAGUGAUUUGGCGGUAAUACACACAAUUGUGGCCACUGAUUUAGAUGAAGGUGCCAAUGGUGAAAUAAUGUAUACCAUAAUAGGUGGCAAUACUGGCAAUAAAUUCAGUUUGGACAUAAACUCCGGUGAAUUGACUGCCCGUCCUUUGGAUCGUGAGCAACAGUCGCGUUAUAUUUUACAAAUACAAGCCACUGAUCGUGGUUCUCCCAUUAGCUAUCAAGGUCAUUGUAAUAUUACCGUUAUUGUCGAGGAUCAAAAUGACAAUGAUCCUCAUUUUGAACAAUCGAAAUAUGUGGCGAAUGUAGCGGAAAAUGUUCCCGUUGGUACCAGUGUUAUGCGCAUUAAAGCUAUGGAUGAUGAUUUGAGCAUCAAUGCUAGACUUUUGUAUACCUUGGCGAAUGAGACUCAAUGGGUGUUCGCUAUCGAUAAUAAAAGUGGUGUUAUCAGUACAGUGGGGUAA